AUGGCCGCGAGCGCCCCUCGCCGCGUCUUUGCCCACAAAAGAACUGUACGAUUGAUCAUUGAUGAUGAUAUGCGGAUCGACUCUCUUGAGGUGAUCGCAUCUUUACCCGAAUAUCAAGCCGUUAUCACUGGUGUAGUACCUCUCUUCGGAGGAAAAUGCAUCGACAUUACUUUGCGCGACCACGAGGUCGCCGCAAGACUAGCCACGAGCGGCUUUGAUUAUGGAGACAUUCGCAAAAACCCCUACGCCUCCUUGGCGAAAAAGCUAUACAAGUUUCGUGUUUUGUACCCGUGGAAUUCCCAGAAAACGUUGUGUUGGAACUUUUGAAACAAUAUGGAGAGCUUAAAACAGAGAACCUUCGCCGCCUUUAUUUUCAGGAGGAGGGGUUCUCUCAUAUCGAGCGUGGAAUCCGCGUGGUGGAGUUCACUAAAAUCAACCGGGAUCUACGCCGUCGCAUCGUGACUCAAGGAGUCGAAAUAAAUUUUAAAUACACAGGACAGCCGAUUACGUGCUAUCGGUGUAACUCUACAGAGCACGUUGUGAGAAAUUGCGACAAACAGCGUCACGUAAAACCUACCGUGAAUCAACACCUCGCAGCAUCCGGGGGGGAAGCCAUACCUGGUCCCCCUAUACCCUCGACAGCAACUGAUGACACAGUUACCGAAGAUAUGGAUCAUGAAACUGAGGAGACGACCUCGGAACCCUCGCAGUCGCAGCCGCUGAGCUACACACAGGUCUCCGACCCGAAUGAAGAACUUUCACCUUCCUCGGCCUCGCGUGACCUGUUUGAUACCUCCCCUCAGUCAAGAAAAUGA